GUCCCUCUCACCCCGCCCCGUUCAACUCAGUUCGCUGCGUUCAUUUCAUUCCUGCUCCCAUUCCGCGCAUAUUUCGCAUCCUUGGAGAGACGCUGCGCAUUUUACGCACUCCGCGCGCCCCGAUCGUCCAUCAGCGCCAAGCCGAGUGCGCCGUCCGGAGUUGGCCGAGCGCUUCCCGGUUCUACGGCGGCUCCGAUCCGGUGGGAAAAGUGGGAAUUAAAAGGAGAAAAGCGGCGUUUGGAUCGAGGUGUUGGUCCUUCUGAUGCUGGGUUUUCCAUCGACUGGCUGACUUCUUUUUUUUUCCACUCCUGGCUGCUGUUUAGUAACAUCCAUACUGUACCAAUAGCUGGACACCUGUACGAGUUACCAUUAAUAUUCUUUACAUCAAAACCCCACCAUAAGCUAAGCGCUGUUAGCUGCCAGUAUGGAGCGCAGUAGCUGGAGUGGCAGUGAGAGUCCAGGGGAGGACAUGGACAGACUCAGUGAUUCAGGAGGAGACAAGACAAUGGACGGGGACCCCGAGGGGGUCUGGAGCCCGGAUAUCGAGCAGAGCUUCCAGGAGGCCCUGGCCAUCUAUCCACCCUGUGGGAGGAGGAAGAUUAUACUGUCAGAUGAAGGGAAGAUGUACGGGCGAAACGAGCUGAUAGCCAGAUACAUCAAACUCCGAACAGGCAAGACGCGGACAAGAAAACAGGUAUCCAGUCAUAUCCAAGUCUUGGCCAGAAGGAAAUCCAGGGAGUUCCAGUCCAAACUAAAGGACCAGAAUGCCAAGGAGAAAGCUCUGCAAAGCAUCUCAUCCAUGUCCUCGGCUCAGAUUGUUUCAGCCACAGCCAUACACAGCAAGCUGCUGCCUGGAAUAGUGCGGGCCAGCUUCCCCGGCAACGCGCAGCUGUGGCAGGGGAUGAUUCCUGGAGGGCAGUCCAGCUCCACCACGGAAGACAUCAAGCCGUUCUCCCAGCAGGCCUACCCUGUGCAGACAGCAGGGACCACCGCAAUCGCAGCCUAUGAGCCUGCUGCAGCUGCCCAAACCCACAGAGAGCCAGCAUGGCAGGGGCGAUCCAUCGGCACCACCAAACUACGACUGGUGGAGUUUUCAUCUUUCUUAGAGACGCAGAGGGAUCAGGAGGCAUACAAUAAGCACCUGUUUGUGCACAUCAGCCAGAGCAGCCCGAGCUACAGCGACCCGCUGCUGGAGUGUGUGGACAUCAGGCAAAUCUACGACAAGUUCCCCGAGAAGAAGGGCGGAUUAAAGGAGCUUUUCAGCAAGGGCCCACAGAACGCAUUCUAUUUGAUCAAGUUCUGGGCGGACCUGAAUUACAGCGUACAGGGCGACUCGGCUGCCUUCUAUGGCGUAACCAGCCAGUAUGAAAGCUCAGAGAACAUGACUAUCACCUGCUCCACAAAGGUCUGCUCCUUUGGCAAGCAGGUGGUCGAGAAGGUGGAGACGGAGUACGCAAGGUUUGAAAACGGACGUUUCGUCUACAGAAUCAGCCGCUCUCCCAUGUGUGAAUACAUGAUCAACUUCAUCCACAAGCUGAAACAUUUGCCUGAAAAAUACAUGAUGAACAGCGUCCUGGAAAACUUCACUAUACUGCUGGUGGUGAGCAACAGAGACACUCAGGAGACCUUGCUGUGUAUGGCAUGUGUGUUUGAGGUGUCAAACAACGACCACGGAGCACAGCACCACAUCUAUCGACUGGUCAAGGAAUAACACACUCCUUCUGAUCAACGGAAGCACAUCUAGGGCCUUUGCUUGGUGAUCAUUCAUGGUGACAUUGAUGGGAGAGAAAUUUAUCCCUUAGAAGCUACCAAAACGUCAGUCCACCAAAAAAAUAAAAAAUAAAA